GGAUGGCCGCCACCGUUGGGCCUGCGAAGGGCGUAUAUAUUCUCUGCCCGAAAACAUGUCCCGCCGCCUUUCCUUCCCUCCCCCCGUCCACGAUGUCCACCGUCGUGCAGACACGGCCCGCGUCGCCAUCAAAGGCUCACCCCAGUCCUCCCCAGACUCCGCCGCACAAGCAGGCGAAGCUUACUAAGGAGGAGGAGCCGGCCGACAUGAACAUUCCCGACAACUAUGUCGCCUGGACCCUUAAGAACCAGAAGGCCCUUCCGCCCAUCACCCGGGACAAUUGGUGGAGGGAGUUGAACUACCUCAGCUUGUCUAUCCUCACGAUCACCCCGACCAUUGCCCUCGUGGGCGCGUACUACACGCAACUUCGCUGGGAGACAGCGCUCUGGAGUGUCAUCUAUUACUUUGUGACUGGCCUCGGCAUCACGGCGGGAUACCACCGUCUCUGGGCCCACCGCGCGUAUAACGCGUCCAAACCUCUCCAGUACGCACUGGCAACCGCAGGCGCAGGUGCCGUUGAGGGCUCGAUCAAGUGGUGGUCGCGUGGUCACCGUGCGCACCACCGCUACACGGACACGGACCUCGACCCGUACAACGCGCACAAGGGCUUCUGGUAUUCGCACGUUGGCUGGAUGAUUCUCAAGCCGCGUAGGAGGCCGGGUGUUGCGGACGUGAGCGACUUGAGCAAGAAUGAAGUCGUACGGUGGCAGCACAGAUGGUACCUGCACCUGAUCAUCAGCAUGGGUUUCCUGGUGCCGAUGACUGUCGCUGGUCUGGGGUGGGGCGACUGGGCAGGCGGCUUCAUAUACGCCGGUGCCGCUCGUCUCUGCUUCGUUCACCACUCGACGUUCUGUGUCAACUCGCUCGCGCACUGGCUGGGUGAGGCGCCCUUCGACGACAAGCACACGCCCCGCGACCAUGUUGUUACCGCUCUAGUCACGAUUGGCGAAGGCUACCACAACUUCCACCACCAGUUUCCGAUGGACUACCGCAACGCCAUUAAGUGGUACCAGUACGACCCCACGAAGUGGUUCAUUGCGACGAUGCAGAAGAUGGGGCUUGCGAGUCACCUUAAGGUCUUCCCCGAGAACGAGGUGCGCAAGGGCCAGCUCACGAUGCAGCUCAAGCGUCUUCGCGAGACGCAGGAGCACCUGACGUUCGCACCGGAUGUGAAUGAACUCCCGGUCAUCAGCUGGGACAGCUUCCAGGAGCAGGCGGCUAAGCGUUCUCUUGUUGUCAUUGGUGGCUUCAUCCACGACGUCUCCGCGUUCAUGGACGAACACCCUGGUGGCCGUCACCUCGUCACGAAGAACAUCGGCAAGGAUGCGACCACUGCAUUCUUCGGUGGUGUAUAUGACCACUCUAACGCUGCGCACAAUUGGCUCUCUAUGAUGCGGGUCGGCGUCCUCCACGGCGGCACACAACACGGUCUCGAGGACAAGAACGUUCCGCCCUCGCAGCGUCUUCGCAUCGCACGGUACAGCGAGCUCGGUUCUGGGAACGCGUCGUCGACGGCGUACUCGGACGGCGAGGGCCUCCUCGGCUGAGCUUCGUUCCUCUGUGGCCCUCGUGUAGCGCGUGAGACCCCAUGCACGCACCCGUUGUUGUAGUAUAUGUCACUUUCCUUUGGAUACGACGAAAAGGCAGCGUCGGAGAUUGGUUGGUCGGUGAUGCGACGCGUGGCUGAUGGUGAUUGUGGACUUUUUGCAUAGAUACAUUCGCUACGCUGUAGAUCAUCGCACUAUUUACGAACGGGAUGACGGAAUGAAAGGUUCAUUAGACCUA